CGGCCAUGGUAAGGUUAUUUAAGAAAUGAAGAAUAAGGAACUCAAAUUAUUUUUUUUAAUUUUGGAUCGAUGCAAGAGGGACCCAAUAUUUGGAAAAGGCUUGCAAUGGUGUUUUCCUGGAGAGAAGGGCCAGGAUUUCGGCGUCUUCUGUUUUUGCUUCUGCUCCUCGCGUUAUGGGAGGCGGGGAGGGGCCAGGUCCAUUACUCGGUUUCCGAGGAGGCCAAACACGGCACCUUCGUGGGCCGCAUCGCGCAGGACCUGGGGCUGGAGCUGGCGGAGCUGGUGCCGCGCCUGUUCCGGGUGGCGUCCAAAGGCCACGGGGACCUUCUGGAAGUAAAUCUGCAGAAUGGCAUUUUGUUUGUGAAUUCUCGGAUCGACCGCGAGGAGCUGUGCGGGCGGAGCCUGGAGUGCAGCAUCCACCUGGAGGUGAUCGUGGACCGGCCGCUGCAGGUUUUCCAUGUGGAGGUGGAGGUGAGGGACAUUAACGACAACCAGCCGGUUUUUCCAAUGGCCGUAAAAAAUCUGUUUCUUUACGAAUCCCGGCCGCCUGGCUCUCGGAUUCCGCUAGAGGGCGCAGCAGAUGCAGAUAUCGGAGUAAAUUCACUGUUGACCUACAGUCUUAACUCCAAUGAAUAUUUUACCUUGGAUGUUAAAAGUAAUGAUGAGGAAAUUAAAUCCCUUGGACUCGUGUUGAAAAAACUUUUAGAUCGAGAGGACACUCCUGAGCAUCACUUAAUAAUAACGGCAGUCGAUGGUGGGAAACCACAGCUCGCUGGCACUACUCAACUAAAGAUCACCAUUCUAGAUGUAAACGACAAUGCCCCCGAGUUUGAGAGGACGGUCUACAAAGUCAAAUUAUUCGAAAAUGCACCAAACGGUACCCUAGUAGUGAUUGUUAACGCCUCUGAUUUGGAUGAAGGAAUAAAUAAGGGCAUUGUAUAUUCUUUCAAUACAGACAUGUCAGCAGAUACUCUGUCGAAAUUCCACUUAGACCCGGUUAAUGGAUACAUCAGUGUAAAGGGUAACAUAGAUUUCGAGGAAACUAAGUUAUAUGAAAUCCAGGUAGAAGCGACAGAUAAAGGAAAUCCCCCAAUGGCAGAUCACUGCACGGUUCUAGUGGAAAUUUUGGACACCAAUGAUAACGUACCUGAGUUGGUUAUCAAAUCACUAUCGUUACCUGUAUUAGAAGACGCUCCACUCGGCACCGUCAUCGCUUUGAUCAGCGUGUCCGACCGCGACUCUGGUGCUAAUGGGCAUGUGACUUGCACCCUGACUCUCCAUGUUCCCUUCAAGCUGGUGUCCACCUUCAAGAAUUACUAUUCGCUGGUGCUGGAUAGUGCCUUGGACCGCGAGAGUGUGGCAAACUACGAGGUGGUGGUGACCGCGCGGGACGGGGGCUCGCCUUCUCUGUCGGCCACCGCCAGCGUGUCCGUGGAGGUGGCCGACGUGAACGACAACGCGCCGGCGUUCCCGCAGCCCGAGUACACGGUGUUCGUGAAGGAGAACAACCCGCCUGGCUGCCACAUCUUCACGGUGUCUGCGCGGGACGCGGACGCGCAGGAGAACGCGCGGGUGUCCUACUCGCUGGUGGAGCGGCGGGUGGGCGAGCGCGCGCUGUCGAGCUACGUGUCGGUGCACGCGGAGAGCGGCAAGGUGUACGCGCUGCAGCCGCUGGACCACGAGGAGCUGGAGCUGCUGCAGUUCCAGGUGAGCGCGCGCGACGCGGGCGUGCCGCCUCUGGGCAGCAACGUGACGCUGCAGGUGUUCGUGCUGGACGAGAACGACAACGCGCCCGCGCUGCUGCCGCCUGGGGCGGGCGGCGGGGGCGGCGCGGUGAGCGAGCUGGUGGCGCGGUCUGUGGGCGCGGGCCACGUGGUGGCGAAGGUGCGCGCGGUGGACGCGGACUCUGGCUACAACGCGUGGCUGUCUUACGAGCUGCGGCCGGCGGCGAGUGGCGUGCGCAGCCCGUUCCGCGUGGGGCUGUACACGGGCGAGAUCAGCACGACUCGCGCCCUCGAUGAGGGGGACUUGCCGCGCCAGCGCCUGCUGGUGUUGGUGAAGGACCACGGCGAGCCGGCGCUGACGGCCACGGCCACCGUGCUGCUGUCGCUGGUGGAGAGCGGCCAGGCGCCGAAGGCUUCGUCCCGGGCGUUGGCAGGCGCCGCGGGGACGGCCUUGGUGGAUGUCAACGUGUACCUGAUCAUCGCCAUCUGCGCUGUGUCCAGCCUGUUGGUGCUCACGCUGCUGCUGUACACGGCGCUGCGGUGCUCGGCGCCGCCCAUCGAGGGCGCGUGCGGGCCGGGGAAGCCCACGCUGGUGUGCUCCAGCGCGGUGGAGAGCUGGUCGUAUUCACAGCGGAGGAGGCAGAGGGUGUGCUCUGGGGAGGGGCCGCUCAAGACCGACCUCAUGGCCUUCAGCCCCAGCCUUCCUCCGGGUCCCGUUAGCGGAGGUAUGGAAGAGCAGCUGGAUGUGGGUGUUGAUUUUUCUGCCAAAGUGAGUAAUUUUUUUUCAUCCUUUCGAAAAUGUCUUUAUUUUUUGUUCAUCAAUGUUUCUACUCCUUUGGAAACAUUUUAACAGUUAAUUAUGUUUUUGGUAAUUAGAGUUUUCCAGGUACUGGUUUUGUGGUUAAAAUGUUUGAAUUUCUUGUGACUAAUGUUUUUGAACCGGAUCAGCAAUAAGUAGCGAGAACCACACUGUGGUUUCGUUUUUGUGUUAGUAGAUGCAGUAGCAGGAUUAUUUCAUUGCUAAAAGUCUGAAUAGAAACUAAAUAUAUUUUUCUGGGUGAAUUGCAUUUUUUACAAUAUUUGACUCCUAACAACUACUAAGUGUACUAAUCCCUGCACAUACUUCAAUAGCUUUUGCCACUUUUCAUUUGGAAUUCCUACCAGAUGUUGGUCCAGAUGUCACUGGUAAAUUUUAUGAGUUCGCCUUAAAUGCUCUCCCUUCCCUUUUUAUUAUGCUUUUAUAUCUUCAGUUUCAAAUGUUCACUUCGUAAACCUGUUAUCUCUUAUGGAGCCUCUUUUACUCCCUUAUUCAUUUAUCUGGAGUCUCAGUUCCUCCUUUCUGCUUGAACAUGAUUUGUUCUAGUCCUUGUGCUCAUAUUUGGUGAUACUGUGUAUUGUUACUAGUUUCCCAGUUGGGUAAAAAUCAACAACAACAACAAAAACAGAAUAACAAUUUUAUUGCUUUUAGAAUUGUACCUUUGUUCCUCUUCAGUUUCUCACUACUUUUAUUAGUAAGCAUUAAAAAAUCA